GAUAGAGCUAAGAGAGGAGAGAGAACACUGGGCUUGGGGCAAAGAACGGUUUGCUUAGCUCGACUUCAGAUUUCCAUUUUUGUCCUCGCCCCUAUUCGACUCUAGAGAGAGAGAGAGAGAGAGUAGAGAGAGAAACGAAGAGAAUCUCAAUCUGGUGUUGAAAGGCCAUGUGUCGUUGUUGAUGUUUUGGACUCGUAAUGGUUGAAUCCAAAUCCGACAUUAUUUUUUUGAUGAAGCAGACAACCCCUCCCAAGACGAUUUAGCUUUUUAAUUUUGUUUUCUCGUAUGAAGUGAGAUUAACGUGCUAUCAGCUUUGCCUCUCAAUAUAUUUCCCGAUUUCGAUUUUGCGCUGGAGUUUUGCUCUUUCCGCGUUUGAUUUUGAGGGAGGCGAUGAAAAGCGGUGGUGAUGGUGGCGCAGGAGGUGGGGAAGAUGGUUCGGCGUCAGUUCCGGGGGGACCACCGCAGCCUCUCGAGUGGAAAUUUUCUCAGGUGUUUGGUGAACGUACGGCAGGCGAGGAAGUUCAGGAAGUUGAUAUCAUUUCUGCCAUUGAGUUUGAUAAAACUGGCGACCAUCUUGCUACUGGUGACCGUGGGGGUAGAGUGGUAUUAUUUGAAAGGACUGAUACAAAGGAGCUUGUUGGAAGUCGAAGAGAGUUGGAGAGGACAGACUAUCCUGUUAGUCGGCAUCCAGAGUUCCGGUACAAGACAGAAUUUCAAAGCCAUGAACCUGAGUUUGAUUAUCUCAAGAGUUUGGAGAUUGAGGAGAAAAUAAACAAGAUACGGUGGUGCCAGACAGCUAAUGGUGCGCUCUUCGUUCUGUCCACUAAUGAUAAAACAAUAAAGUUUUGGAAGGUACAAGAGAAGAAACUCAAGAAAGUAUCAGUUAUGAAUACUGACCCUUCUAGAGUGGUUGGAAAUGGCGAUAUCGCAAGUUCAAGUGUUUCCUCGAUUCCGAAACAGCGUCUUGAAAAUGGGAACUAUCCUGAUAAAUCUUACAAUUGUUUGAGCAACAACAUCUCACUUCCUACCGAUACCAGAGCUGCACUCCGCUUACCUGUGGUAGUUUCUAGCGCUGAGACUAGCCUUGUUGCAAGGUGUAGAAGAGUGUAUGCUCAUGCCCAUGACUAUCAUAUAAAUUCCAUUUCAAAUAACAGUGAUGGUGAAACAUUUAUAUCGGCUGAUGAUUUGCGGAUAAACCUUUGGAACUUGGAAAUAAGUAGCCAGAGUUUCAAUAUUGUUGAUAUGAAGCCAUCAAAUAUGGAAGACCUAACAGAGGUGAUAACUUCAGCAGAGUUUCACCCAACACACUGUAACAUGUUAGCAUAUAGUAGUUCAAAAGGAUCAAUUCGUCUCAUAGAUUUACGGCAAUCAGCACUGUGUGAUUCACAUUCUAAAUUGUUUGAGGAACAGGAGGCACCUGGUUCAAGAUCUUUCUUUACUGAGAUUAUUGCUUCAAUCUCUGAUAUUAAAUUUGCAAGGGAUGGAAGAUAUAUCCUAAGUCGUGAUUACAUGACUCUCAAGUUGUGGGACAUAAAUAUGGAUUCUGGUCCAGUUGCUACCUUCCAGGUUCAUGAACAUCUAAGACCAAAGCUUUGUGAUUUGUAUGAGAAUGAUUCCAUCUUUGAUAAAUUUGAGUGCUGCUUGAGCGGUGAUGGCCUGCGGAUAGCUACAGGUUCCUAUAGCAAUCUGUUCCGUGUUUUUGGCUCUGCUGCGGGAAGUAUUGAAGCAACCACACUGGAAGCAAGCAAAAAUCCCAUGAGGAGACAAGCCCAAACCCCUUCAAGACCUGCCAGAUCCCAGGGUAGUAGCAUAACUCGCGUUGUCAGGCGAGGCUCUGAAAGUCCGGGUGGAGAUGCAAAUGGGAACUCAUUUGAUUUCACAACAAAACUUCUCCAUCUAGCCUGGCAUCCAACCGAAAACUCAAUUGCUUGUGCUGCUGCAAACAGCUUGUAUAUGUAUUAUGCUUGAAAUUUACAGGAAGAAUGUGUUUCUUGGUGUUAGCAUUUUUUCUGGUUGCUUUCUGGGAAGGUCAUCUUAUGGAGCAACUCGAGGCUUUACCAUUUCUCACAUUCAACUGCCUCACUGAUGCAGAGCUUGUGCUUUCAAGUUUUAAAGUCAAUGAAGGUUCAGAAGUGCCUAGGGAAUCAAUUACAAAGCAACAACAAAGCGCUGCCACCACCACCACUACCCCUCCCCUCCUUUUUUUGCUUCGCUUUCUUUAUCCUUUUUUUAAUUGGAAGCUGCAAUUUUGUUAUUAUUGUGCUGUGAUGAAAGUCAGGAAAGAAUGUCGAUUGUAGCUCUCCUACAAGAAAACCGUUGGAUGUGCAAAAUUGCUACUAGUACAGUAAAUGUAGAUCUUGCUGGGAAGGAGCUGCUGUUAACUUGCAGGGCAUUAAGCAUGUUAACUUCUUUGGGAUAGAGUUAUUGUCGUGAUUAUUAAUUUUUUUUUUCUUGGGUAGGAUAAUUUUUAGUGUGCUUUUUAAUAGAUUAUCAACUAAAGUAAUUUUUCCACCCCAUUUUACUGUAAAAGAAAUUUCAAUGCCUCUGGUCUUCAUUUACCCAUA